AUGCAGAGAAUAGGAGGAGCAUCAGCAGCAUUACAGACUGCAGCAAACACAUCUCAUGCAAAAGACAGAGGAGCAGAGAGGAGAAAAGAGAAGAGAAAGAGGAUUGAGAGAAGACUGUGCUGCUUGAGGAAGAAAAGAUAUAAACUGACAAUCAAAUACAUCAGGAGUUACACAAGCAGCAUGUCUCGGUCACCAGGAAGAAAGCAAGAGAACCACAAAAUAAGCAGAGAACUUUUUGUACUCACAUAUGGGGCCUUGGUAGCCCAGCUGUGCAAAGAGUAUGAAAAAGAUGAAGAUGUCAAUGCCUGUUUAGAUAGAAUGGGAUACAGCAUUGGCAUAAGGCUGAUUGAUGACUUUCUGGCUCGUUCAGCUGUGAAAAAGUGCCGUAGUUACUCUGAAACAGCAGACAUGAUUGCACAGGUUGCUUUCAAAAUGUAUCUUGGGGUCACCCCUAGUGUGACCUGCAAUAGUGUCACAGGGAAUGAAUUCUCCUUAAUCCUGGACAAAAACCCACUGGUGGAUUUUGUGGAGGAGCUGCCAGCGGAACGAGCGUCACUCUGCUAUUGUAACCUCCUCUGUGGGGUGAUUCGAGGUGCCUUGGAAAUGGUUCACUUAGCAGCAGAAGUUUCCUUCCUCCAGGACAGGCUGAAGGGGGACGCUGUGACAGAAAUAGGAAUCACAUUUUUAAGGAAGCCUGAAGACAGAAGGCACAGAAGGAACAAAUGAAAGAAAUAUUGGGAGAAACCUUUGCCUGGGGAUAUUUUGUGUCUUUUGUUUUAGAAGAAGACAGGGUAAAAGUGGCUUUGCUGAGUCAGCUGCACCAGUCAGCUGGUUGAAAGGUGAAGAAAGCAGGGCAGCAAAUAGGAGGGGCAGGGCAGGAGAGAGCAAUGUUAAUUGUUGUGGCACAGAUAUCAGUAAAAAAGAUUGAAAUUAUCUGCCCUUCCCUCUCACAUAGCCAGGCUCUCGAGCUUGAUGGAAGUUUUAUCUCAGUAUUUAGUGUGUGCUAAAAAUAAGGUAAAGCUGAUGAUCUUUUCCCAUUUUGUCAGUAAUAUUUCAAAGCAUGGCUGCUAGAGGUGCCUUAUUUCCCUGGCUGUGUGUGGUUAUCCACAAAGGAUUUCUCUGCUGCCAUUACUGUAUGCAGUGUCUCGCUCACAGGUGCAUGUUUUGAUGUGUGAUGUUUUGCCAUUCAUUGUCCUCCACACUGGACAUCCUGCUGUCUUUGAAAUCAGGGAGGUAUGGGUCUUCAUUGCCUCUGGUGGUGUUCUUUCCAGCUCUUCAGGUCCCACAUGCAGUUUUGCUGGCACGCCUGCUCAGUCCUGUGCACGCUCCUCCAGGCUGCAGCACUCUGACAACUGCAGCGGUGCUUGUGUCUCACCAAGCUAUGGGCCUUCCCAUGUCAGCCUUCUCUCCAAGAGCACUGAUCUUGCGACCAAAAUGAACAAAGCAUGAUGUAUUUAAUGUGUAGCUAUUGUGGACCUGUACCUGUCUAAGGAAACUUGAAAUAAAAUUCCGAGAUUGCC